AUGAAGAAAGCAAUUGAGAUCAUGAAGCAAGACCUCCACAAGGCAAAAGAACUAGGAGACAGCGCAGACGAGGGAAGUACCUACCACAAUCUUGGCUCGGCUUAUGACGAGCUGGGUGAUUUCAAUCAGGCCAUAAAGUACCACAAACACCAUCUCAGUAUUGCUAAGGAACUGGGAGAUAGGGCAGACGAGUACCGUGCCUACCACAAUCUUGGCUCGGCUUAUGACAAGCUGGGUGAUUUCAAUCAACUUAGUAUUGCUAAAGAACUGGGAGACAGGGCAGGCGAGGGAAGUGCCUACAACAAUCUUGGCAUGGUUUAUCACAAGCUGGGUGAUUUUAAUCAAGCCAUAGAGUACCACAAACAACAUCUUAGUAUUGCUAAAGAACUGGGAGACAGGGCAGGCGAGGGAAGUGCCUACAACAAUCUUGGCUCGGCUUAUGACGAGUUGGGUGACUUCAAUCAAGCCAUAGAGUACCUCAGGCAACAUCUUAAUAUUGCUAAAGAACUGGGAGACAGGGCAGGCGAGGGAAGUGCCUACAACAAUCUUGGCUCAGCUUAUCACAAGAUGGGUGAUUUCAAUCAAGCCAUAGAGUACCACAAACAACAUCUUAGUAUUGCUAAGGAACUGGGAGACAGGGCAGGCGAGGGAAGUGCCUACAACAAUCUUGGCUUCGCUUAUUACAAGAUGGGUGAUUUCACUCAAGCCAUAGAGUACCACAAACAACAUCUUAGUAUUGCUAAAGAACUGGGAGACAGGGCAGGCGAGGGAAGUGCCUACAACAAUCUUGGCUCGGCUUAUCACAAGCUGGGUGAUUUCAAUCAAGCCAUAGAGUACCACAAACAACAUCUUAGUAUUGCUAAAGAACUGGGAGACAGGGCAGGCGAGGGAAGUGCCUACAACAAUCUUGGUCGUACUUAUGAAAGCUCUGGAGACUUGCAUCAAGCGGUUGAUUAUUAUCAACGCAGUACUAAACUUUUCAAUGAGUUGAGAGUUCUGCAAGCUGACGAUGCGUUGAAAAUAAUCUUCCGCAAUGCACGUCAAGACAUUUAUCAGUCACUCUGCAGAACUUUGCUUAAGCUGUCAAAAUUCGACGAGGCAUUGUGUGCUGCGGACCAAGGACGAGCCGAGGCCUUGUUGGAUCUCAUCAAACUACGAUAUGGAUCCCAACUGGCAGUUUCUGGAUCAGUUCAGGCUAAACCAGGGAUCUCCGAAAUGGUCACCGAUAUCUCUGGUCCGACGCUUUUUGUUGCACUAUUAGGAAACGCAGUUAACCAGUGGGUAAUCGGGAAAGACGGGAAUAUACGGUUUACACAGAAAGAAGUGAAAUAUCUCCGUGGAAAUGCGACCGACUAUUUGAAUUGCUUAAGGAAGAACACUUACGAGGAAAUUCGAGGAAGAUUCAGGGUAAUCUGCGAAAACCGCACAUUAGACGGGUCAAGUACCGAACAAGAAUUGCCACCCGCCGAGGAAAGAGGUGAGGAAACAGGAAACCCAUUACAGUCUGACGAGAAUCCUCUGCGUCUCUUUCAUGAGUGCAUCAUAAGUCCUAUUUCAGAUUUGAUCGAAGAUGGCGAGUUGGUUGUCGUUCCUGAUGGUCCACUGUGCCUCGCCCCUUUUGCUGCAUUUUUGGAUUCCGAAUCAAAGUACCUCAGUGAGUCCAUGAGGAUACGCAUUCUUCCGUCAUUGAUGUGUAUGAAACUGAUCAACGCUUCUCCCAAAGAAUAUCACAACAAGAGUGGGGCGUUGCUCGUAGGAGAUCCAUGUCUAGACGACUUUACCACCUUGCUCGGAGAGAAUAGAUUUUUGCCCUUGCCCUCCGCCAAAAAGGAAGUGGAGAUGAUCGGAAAUAUGCUUGGUAUCCACCCACUCACAGGAAAAGAGGCAACCAAGGCUGAGGUGCUAAAGAGAAUCGGUUCGGUUGCUUUGGUGCACAUUGCUGCGCACGGAAAAAUCGAGACUGGGGAAAUUGCAUUGGCUCCAAAUCCAGAACGAAAAUACGUCAGACCAGAAGAACAAGAUUUCAGGCUAACAAUUUCCGAUGUGCAAGCAGCAAAGUUACGUGCAAAGCUUGUUGUGUUAAGUUGUUGUCACAGUGCUCAAGGCAAGGUGUCUAGUGAGGGUGUGGUCGGCAUUGCACGGGCUUUCCUCGGUGCUGGUGCUCGUUCUGUUCUGGUCGCACUCUGGUCAAUUGAUGACGAGGCCACCAUGGAGUUUAUGAGAAGCUUUUACCAACAUCUGAAGGAUGGAAACAGCGCCAGCGUGUCACUCAACCGGGCGAUGAAAUGUCUGCGAGAAUCAGAAGACUUUAAUGCCCCGCGGUUCUGGGCUCCGUUUGUACUCAUUGGUGAUGACGUCACAAUCGAUUUUAAAGAAAUCAACAAUGAAUCAUCACAAGAAGAACAAGUAUCACCAACGGAAGUAAAGGAUCAAGAAGAACUGGAACAGGCGCCAUAAAAUGAACACUCUAACUUCCAAGCCCUCGAGACCGGUAGAGUAACUCCACGCAACGAGGACAUUGAGAAAAUGCUUAAUAAUCUGUGAACUUUACUCGUGGGUAACUUAACUGGGUCAAUUCCGUAAGGAUGUCUUAAUGAAUUGAAACUAAGGCCUGAUUUAAUUGUAGUGCUUCGCUUUUGUUUAAGCUGAGAAUAAGGCAUAUUAUCAAUAAGAAAAU